AGCAGGGCCGCUAUAAAAGGGACCGGAGAGGGACCGGAGACACCAAGAAGUCAGGAAAGAAGUGAGAAGAAGCUCAGCAUCCGCAGGAAAUAAAAUGUGUGACACAGCAGUUGCGACCCCCGUGGACAAGAAGGGCCCCCCUAAGUUCAAGCAGAGGACCGCACGCACCUUCAAGAGCAAGGCCCCCAAACCUGGCCAGAAGGGGUUUGGAGAUGACAUCCCUGGCAUGGAGGGUCUGGGCACAGACAUCACGGUGGUCUGUCCCUGGGAGGCCUUUGGGGACAUGGAGCUCAGUGACCUGGCCAAGUAUGGAAUUGUCUAGAAGGAAUCUAGAAGGACACUACAAUGAUUCUAGAAGGACUCAAGAAGGAAUCUUCCCGCGUGUUUCUGCCAUGGACCACCUCAAACACGUCCUCUGCUCGAACCCUGCACUCCAUCCAGCGACCCACUGCACCCCCGCACCACCUGAUGGUUGAUGUCCUCCACACAUAGGACUCAUGCACACUUUGUGUAGACCUCACACUUCUCACUCUACAUACUUACUGUACUCUACAUACUUAUUGUACUGUACAUGAAUACUUCAAUACUAUUAUACCUUCUGAUAUUUAUACAUAAUAUUGUACUGUAUGAUAAUACAUCAAUAUUAUAGUACUGUAUGAUAUUGAUACAUAAAAUAUUAUAGUACUGUAUAUUGAUACAUAAAUAUUAUAGUACUGUAUGAUAUUGAUACAUAAAUAUUAUAGUACUGUAUAAUAUUGAUACAUAAAUAUUAUAUAUAGUACAGUAUAAUAUUGAUACAUAAAAUAUAGCACUGUAUGAUAUUAAUACAUGAAUAUUACAGUACUGUAUAAAGCAUAAGAUCAUCAUCACGUGAUCAUUUUGGAGCAGGAUUGCGUCCCGAACCCUUUCCUCUUUUUCCCGCCUUUAUCGCUGCAUGACCCCUGACCCCUGACCUCCUGGGACCUCUGACUUACUGUACAGAUGUUUGUGAAAGAUACAUUUCUAUUUUUAUGAGCGACUCCAUGAAUGACAUCAAUAAAGUUUGGUGUUCCCCGAAA